AAUACGCAUGAGGGUCGGAGGUCGCGUGGGGCCCGGGGCCGGUGCGCAGUGCGGCGGUAUCGAGCGAGCGGCGGGCGACGCGCCGGCACUGUGCUCCGAGCCGCGGCAUGGGAGGCGCGCUCGUGCUCGCGCUGCUGGCGGCGGCGCGCGCCGGCGACCCCAACGCCACCCAGCUGCCCAACGCCACCCAGCUGCCGAACGCCACUGAAGAUGCAAAGACGCCGCUCUUCCCGCCCGACGUUUUCAGCGAGGAGCAGCGGCGGUCCGGCGCGGUGCUGCUGCACGUGCUCGGCAUGGGCUACAUGUUCGUCGCGCUCGCCAUCGUCUGCGAUGAGUUCUUCGUGCCCGCGCUCGACGUCAUCAUAGAGCGGCUCGAGAUCCGCGACGACGUCGCCGGCGCCACGUUUAUGGCGGCCGGGGGCUCCGCCCCGGAGCUGUUCACCUCCGUCAUCGGCGUGUUCGUGUCGUUCGACGACGUCGGCAUCGGGACGAUCGUCGGCUCCGCGGUCUUCAACAUCCUGUUCGUGAUCGGUGCCUGCGCGAUGUUCUCCCGCACGACGCUGUCGCUCACCUGGUGGCCGCUGUUCCGCGACUGCACCUUCUACUCGAUCAGCCUGCUAGUGUUGAUAUACUGUUUCCGGGACAACAGGAUCUACUGGCAGGAGGCGCUGGUGUUGUUCUCGCUCUACGGCGCGUACGUCAUGUUCAUGAGGUGGAACCAGCCGGUCGAGAGGGCCUUCAAGAAGCUCAUCUACAAGAACAAGGUGACCAGGGUCAGGAGUACAGAUCAGCUGAUGCCGACGGUGAGCUCGCCCGCACAUCCCUUGCAUGCGAUACAGUUAGUCUUUGGCGCAGAUUUGAUUAGCACGUAACUUACAAUUACCUUAGCGCCGCUCAAACACACGCAUUUAACGAACUAAAUGUUUACUCAGUAGUCGACAGAGAGCUCCGUACUCCGUACUCACGGUACGGUAACGUAAAUAACACGUUUCACGUCGCUUUGAUUUCACAAUUGCAUAAUGUUGAAUGAAACUUCAAUGAAUCUGCGUCAAAAUAGUAUCCCAUAGAAAUACGAGGACCCUUUAGACAAAUAGAAUCAAUGAAUCGAAAAAAAAAACAAAAACAAAAUUGUUAUUUUUUAAUGCACGUACAUAUUUAUAAAAACAGCAUGUAUAUAACUUAGAUUGAAGAACGAAUACUAGAAUUAAAUUAAAACAAGAUGACUACAUUAACAAUUACAAAUACAUUUAAAAUACUAUUUUUGAACAUAUUUUUAGUUAAUUACAUUAUUAAUUGCAUUUUUUAUUAUUUAACGUAUGCCUAAACGCACGUUUUAAUGCAAGCGACGGGUGACAAGCACGCGGCUCGUUUGUUGGGAAGUGUCUUCGCGCAAUGACGGCAUCCCGCGGUUAGAUAAGGUUUUACAAAUAUAAAGCUGAAUGUCAAGUAGGGUUUAAUUAAUCUGUCAAUAUUUAUCAGAAAAAUAUAUUCAUGAUCACGGUUUUAGUGUUCAGUCGAGCGUAGCUAGAGUAUGCUUAAGUAAGUAGCAUCAAUGCCCCUAAUUCGGCCGCGAAACAGACACGCGAUCUGUUUUCAAAGUUAGACUCUAGAAAUGAUAUUUGGACCUCCUUCUCAUGAGCCUCGGGACUCUAAGAGUUCCAUAUUUCAAACCAGGCUUGACUGUAAGAAGGUGGAACUUAUGCAGAAUGAAAUUUAAAAAAAAACGGUGGCUUAAUUAUCAACCACUUUUACUUUACGGUUUUCGUGGCCACUACCCAUAUGACUCGAUGACGAUAUUCGAAUAUCGAUAAUAACAUAAAAAAAACGAGAUUAAACUGUAAUAAUAAUUUUAAUUAUAAAUGAAACAAAAAAAAAUUUGAGAUAUCAUCAUCAUCAUCAGCCUUUAUCUGACCACUGCUGGACAUAGGCCUUCCCCAAUGCCUUCCACAUAAUGCGAUCCUCCGCCUUCCGCAUCCAACGACUUCCCGCCGUGCGCACUAAGUCGUCAGUCCACCUGGUUGGAGGACGCCCCACGCUCC